UCUUGGACAGAACUGCUGCAUUUUUCAUCCACCCAGGGAGGGAGGUUAGAGGAGCUGUGGCUGACCUACAGCCAUGCAUCGCUUAAGGACUACAGUGGCGAGGCUUCAGCCUCUAACAGCUGCGCAGACAGCUCAGAGCCGAUCGCAGCACAGAACAGUAGUGGUCAAAGGGGGCUCGAGAACUUUUCAGCCCGCGAGGCGCCUGAAUGCAUCUGUGGCUGCUGAGCCCUUCCUUAAUGGCACCAGCUCCAACUAUGUAGAGGAGAUGUACUACGCGUGGCUGGAGAAUCCCAGGAAUGUACACAAGUCCUGGGAUAUAUUUUUCCGUAACGCCAAUGCUGGAGCUCCACCUGGCUCAGCCUACCAGAGCCCUCCACCCAUCAGUGGGACCUCUCAGGGACUGGCCAGUGUGCAGACACUGGUGGGGGCUCAGCCCAACGUGGAGAAGCUGGUGGAGGAUCAUCUAGCAGUACAAACACUGAUCCGAGCAUACCAGGUACGAGGGCAUCACAUAGCGAAGCUGGACCCCCUGGACAUCAGCUGUGUAGACUUUGAUGAUGCCCCAUGCACUGUUGGUUUUCAGAAUGUUGAGAUUUCUUAUUAUAAAGAGCGUUUUUGCAGUCUGACUGCCGAAGGUUUUUACGGGUUGGUUGAAAGUGACUUGGACAAGGUGUUCCGUCUUCCCACCACCACCUACAUCGGCGGCAACGAGAGUGUUCUGCCACUUAGAGAGAUUAUUCGCCGCCUUGAGAUGGCCUACUGUCAGCACAUCGGAGUGGAGUUCAUGUUCAUUAAUGACCUGGAACAGUGCCGAUGGAUCAGACAGAAGUUUGAGACUCCAGGAAUCAUGAAUUUCACUCUGGAGGAGAAGAGGACCCUGCUGGCCAGAAUGAUCCGGUCCACCAGGUUUGAAGAGUUUCUCCAGAGAAAGUGGUCCUCGGAGAAGCGCUUUGGUUUGGAAGGUUGUGAGUCUCUCAUCCCGGCACUCAAGACCAUCAUCGAUAAGUCCAGUCUGAACGGAGUGGAGAGCGUUAUCAUGGGGAUGUCUCACAGAGGGAGGCUCAAUGUGCUGGCCAAUGUGAUCCGGAAGGAGCUGGAACAAAUCUUCUGCCAGUUCGACUCCAAGUUAGAGGCUGCAGACGAGGGUUCUGGUGAUGUGAAAUAUCACCUGGGUAUGUAUCACAGGAGGAUGAACCGGGUCAGCGACCGGUACAUCACGCUGUCCCUCAUGGCAAACCCAUCCCACCUGGAAGCUGUGGAUCCUGUGGUGCAGGGAAAGACCAAGGCAGAGCAGUUCUACUGUGGAGACACUGAGGGCAAGAGGGUGAUGUCCAUUCUGAUUCAUGGCGAUGCUGCGUUUGCAGGCCAGGGCCUUGUGUACGAGACAUUCCACCUGUCAGACCUGCCGUCCUACACCACCCAUGGAACCAUACAUGUGGUGGUCAACAACCAGAUUGGUUUCACCACAGACCCCAGGAUGGCUCGUUCGUCUCCGUACCCCACAGACGUAGCUCGUGUGGUCAACGCACCAAUCUUUCAUGUCAAUGCAGACGACCCAGAGGCUGUGAUGUAUGUGUGCAACGUAGCAGCCGAGUGGAGGAACACAUUCCACAAAGAUGUUGUCGUAGACCUGGUGUGUUACAGACGUAACGGCCACAACGAGAUGGAUGAGCCCAUGUUCACACAGCCGCUGAUGUACAAAAAGAUCAAGAAGCAGAAAGGAGUUCUGCAGAAGUUUGCCGAGAAACUCAUUGCUGAGGGAGUCAUGACAGCACAAGAAUAUGAGGAGGAAAUAACCAGAUACGACAAAAUCUGUGAGGAAGCGCACACUCGCUCCAAAGAUGAGAAAAUCUUGCACAUCAAACACUGGCUCGACUCACCCUGGCCUGGUUUUUUCACCUUGGAGGGACAGCCUAAAAGUAUGAGCUGCCCUUCAACUGGCAUCAGCGAAGACGAUCUCAGUCACAUUGGAAACAUUGCUGCCUCCGUCCCAGAGGAAGAUUUCACCAUACACGGAGGUCUGAGUCGCAUCCUAAAGGGACGAGCGAACAUGGUGAGCCAGCGAGUGUGUGACUGGGCUCUGGGGGAGUACAUGGCGUUUGGCUCACUGCUUAAAGAGCGAAUCCAUGUACGUCUCAGCGGCCAGGAUGUGGAGAGGGGCACGUUCAGCCAUAGACACCACGUUCUUCACGACCAGAACGUCGACAAGAGGAUCUGCAUCCCGAUGAACUACAUCUCCCCUGAUCAGGCUCCAUACACUGUCUGCAACAGCUCUCUGUCUGAGUAUGGAGUGUUGGGUUUUGAACUAGGGUUUGCCAUGGCCAGCCCCAACGCUCUGGUCCUGUGGGAGGCCCAGUUUGGAGACUUUCACAACACAGCUCAGUGCAUUAUCGACCAGUUCAUCAGCUCAGGACAGGCCAAGUGGGUCAGACAGAACGGCAUCGUGCUGCUGCUUCCUCAUGGCUUAGAGGGAAUGGGUCCUGAACACUCGUCUGCCCGACCUGAAAGGUUCCUGCAGAUGUGCAAUGAUGACCCAGAUGUUUUCCCUAAAUUGUCAGAAGACUUCGCAGUGCGUCAGCUUUACGACUGUAACUGGAUCGUUGUUAACUGCUCGACUCCUGCAAACUACUUCCAUGUUAUCCGCAGGCAGAUCCUGCAGCCCUUCAGGAAGCCUCUAAUUGUGUUUACUCCAAAGUCGCUGCUGCGCCACCCAGAGGCCAAGUCUAGCUUCGAUGAAAUGCUGCCGGGCACCCACUUCAGCCGUAUAAUCCCAGACGACGGUCCGGCAGCUGUCAGCCCAGAAAAAGUAAAGAGAGUCAUUUUCUGCACUGGCAAGAUUUUCUAUGAACUGACCCGAGAACGCAAGAACAGAGGCAUGGAUGACACCAUCGCUGUUGUUCGCGUUGAGCAGCUGUCACCGUUUCCCUUCGAUCUGGUGAAAGAAGAGACUGACCGCUAUGUGAAUGCUGAUCUGGUCUGGUGUCAGGAAGAGCACAAGAACCAGGGUUACUACGACUACGUCAAGCCCCGCAUCCGUACCACCAUCGGCCGAUCACGCCCAGUCUGGUAUGCUGGACGUGAGCCUGCAGCAGCUCCAGCCACUGGAAACAAACAAACUCACCUCAUGGAGCUGCAACGUUUACUGGAUACAGCAUUCGAUCUGGAGGCUUUCUCAGGGAAACAAUAACAGCUCAUCUUCGUCUCCCUCCACACAGAGCUUCAGGAGCCCGACACUUUCUCCUCAAUAUAUUUACAUAUCAGACCUGUGAACAGGCGUAAUCU